CUGUCGCUAAACUUUCCCCGCGCCCGCCCGCCUGGGAUUGCGUUUCUGAGCGGAGUGUCUGGGGGACCCGGGGCCAGGCUGGCUGCGGACUUCGGCCCUCUCGGCGGGAUCCCCAGAGAGUUCUUCCCCUGGGAUCGGAGCCUGACCGUCCCUCCCCAGCCCUAUCAGGCGAGGAGCCGCAGUGCCUGCCUGAAGCAGUUUGUCUCUGGACGGAUUUCUUUAAGAGAAAAAGAAACCAACAGGUUGUCAGCCCCAUCGUCACGCGAGGCGCCCGGGAGGGGGCAGCCCCGCACUGCUCGGCCUGCGAGGGCCCCUCUAGGGGCACGGGAGGCCGGGGCCGGGCGGGGGCGAUGGCGCGGCCCGACCCGUGCGCGCCGCCCUCGCUGCUGCUGCUGUUCCUGGCACAGCUGGUGGGCCGGGCGGCGGCCGCGUCCAAGGCCCCGGUGUGCCAGGAAAUCACGGUUCCCAUGUGCCGUGGCAUCGGCUACAACCUGACGCACAUGCCCAACCAGUUCAACCACGACACGCAGGACGAGGCGGGCCUGGAGGUGCACCAGUUCUGGCCGCUGGUUGAGAUCCACUGCUCACCAGACCUGCGCUUCUUCCUGUGCUCCAUGUACACGCCCAUCUGUCUGCCGGACUACCACAAGCCGCUGCCGCCCUGCCGCUCGGUGUGCGAGCGCGCCAAGGCCGGAUGCUCGCCGCUCAUGCGCCAGUACGGCUUUGCCUGGCCCGAGCGCAUGAGCUGCGACCGCCUCCCGGUGCUGGGGCGCGACGCUGAGGUCCUGUGCAUGGAUUACAACCGCAGCGAGGCCACCACGGCGCCCCCCAGGUCCAUAGCGCCCAAGCCCACCGUCCCCGGCCCGGCGGGGGCGCCCUCCUCCGGGGGCGAGUGCAGCGCGGGGGGCCCUGCCCUGUGCACGUGCCGCGAGCCUUUCGUGCCCAUCCUGAAGGAGUCGCACCCGCUCUACAACAAGGUGCGGACAGGCCAGGUGCCCAACUGCGCCGUGCCCUGCUACCAGCCAUCCUUCAGCCCGGACGAGCGCACGUUCGCCACGUUCUGGAUCGGCCUGUGGUCAGUGCUGUGCUUUAUCUCCACCGCCACCACUGUGGCCACCUUCCUCAUUGACAUGGAGCGCUUCCGCUACCCCGAGCGCCCCAUCAUCUUCCUGUCCGCCUGCUACCUGUGCGUGUCGCUGGGAUUCUUGGUGCGCCUGGUUGUGGGUCAUGCCAGCGUCGCCUGCAGCCGUGAGCACAGCCACAUCCACUACGAGACCACAGGCCCCGCACUGUGCACCGUCGUCUUCCUGCUCGUCUACUUCUUCGGCAUGGCCAGCUCCAUCUGGUGGGUCAUUCUGUCGCUCACCUGGUUCCUGGCUGCGGGCAUGAAGUGGGGCAACGAGGCCAUCGCAGGCUACGCGCAGUACUUCCACCUAGCCGCGUGGCUCAUCCCCAGCAUCAAGUCCAUCACGGCGCUGGCGCUGAGCUCCGUGGACGGAGACCCCGUGGCUGGCAUCUGCUACGUGGGCAACCAGAACCUGAACUCACUGCGCGGCUUCGUCCUGGGCCCGCUGGUGCUCUACCUGCUGGUGGGCACGCUCUUCCUCCUGGCGGGCUUCGUGUCACUCUUCCGCAUUCGCAGUGUCAUCAAGCAGGGUGGUACCAAGACGGACAAACUAGAGAAGCUCAUGAUCCGCAUUGGCAUCUUCACGCUGCUCUAUACAGUGCCUGCCAGCAUCGUGGUCAUCUGCUACCUGUACGAGCAGCACUACCGCGAGAGCUGGGAGGCGGCACUCACCUGCUCAUGCCCUGGCCGCGACACCAGCCAGCCGCGCGCCAAGCCUGAGUACUGGGUGCUCAUGCUCAAGUACUUCAUGUGCCUCGUGGUGGGUAUCACAUCAGGCGUCUGGAUCUGGUCCGGCAAGACAGUGGAGUCGUGGCGCCGCUUCACCAGCCGCUGCUGCUGCCGUCCGAGGCGUGCGCACAAGAGCGGCGGCGCCGUGGCCGUGGGGGACUACGAGGCGAGCGCGACUCUCACGGGCAGGACCGGGCCAUCGGGCCCCACCGCUGCCUACCACAAGCAGGUGUCCUUGUCCCACGUAUAGGAGGCCCUGUAUAGGAGGCUCUGGCCGGGGAGCCUUCCUGGGAACCGAGGGGGAGCGGCUGGCUAGGUAGCUUUUCGAAGGUCACUUCUGUUUACCUUCGUGGUGCUGAUGCACCCUCCCCGCGUAGCUUGGGGCCUUCUCCAAGGAUUUCGGGUCUAGGAGUGGCUCAGCUCACGCGUGUUGUUUUGCGUUUCUUACUGCUUUCUUUACAGGAACCCUCUUAAUUUAUAUGUAUUUUUCUUAAUUUUUAACUGUUGCAUUUUGGCAACACAAUUUACCUUUGCUUGCAGGGGGUAGGGGUUACAAUCCUAAAGUUGGCAUUGUAAUGAGUUCCCACGUGGUUCAGAUUUCUUUGAACUGUGUGGUCUAAAAUGAGAAAAUAUACCUGUGACUUUUUUUUAAAUGUGAACAGUGAAAAUUUGGGUUGCUGUGACUGGGAAGGUAUGGAGUAUCUUUUUCUUCCACUGCUUACAGUGUCCAAGGUGCUUUGAAGCCAGCUGCUUCUUCCUGUGUUUAUCCCCAGACCUCUUGGGAGGCAGAGCCUAAUGUGGUCAGGACCUCCCCAAAGUGACAGGGGUAGGGAGCGCCUAAGGAUUUCGCCUACAUCCUUAACUUUGCCUAGGGAGCUUGUGUUAGAAUUUUGAGGAAAGUAAACCCAUUCCCUUCUUAAAGUACUUAGGGAUCAUCCGUAAAGGGGGCUCCCUUUUGAGCUGAAGGACUAAAACGGAUAUGCUUCCAGUAAUUAAAGUACAUUUCCAAUGCUUCUCUUAUCUGCUCCCCCCCCCCACACACCUCCUUUAUCAUGUUAAACAGCCUUUUUGCUUUUCUUAUUCCUCCUCUCCUGGAGAGCUGUGAUUAGAAACCACACCCACCCCCAGCGCUUAGACUGGGGAAGGGCGCUAGCUACCUGUGAAUAGACUGUGGCUGCUCUGAGAGAAAACAAGUGUGUGACCCUGGACUCCGCUGGUUUGGAGCCAGAUGUCCCCAGAGCAGCAAGACCGAACUCUGCAAUCUGAAAACAACUGAAACCCAUAACAUCCCUGAGUAAGCUCUCAGAUAUGAAUCAGUUAAUGUUGCUGUGAGAGGAAAGCUCUUUCCUCCCCUGCUUUUUUGUUCCUUUUCCUCCUCUUCUGAGAAAGCCCAUGUAUUGCUGAGUGCGCGCGCACGCACACACACUGCUUUCCUCAUCUGUUUAACAUUCCUUCCUGCAUGUAUGAAAGCUUAUACACUGAUGAAUAUACACACAUGCACACAGGUUUCUUUGCCAUUAGAAAGUUCUGUUUGCUUUUCUAAUCUGUUUAAAGGUUCACUGAUGAAGAGUGAGGCCAUGGCUGGGGGAGGGUGACAGUGCAUCAAACACCAGAGACUGGGACCGCAUGGGGACUGAAUUGAAGGAGCUAAAAUGGCCAAAGUCAUUGCUAGGCAAAUAACCGGAAUCUUGGCACUUGAGCUUCAUUUGCAUCAAAGUUGGAAAAGUUAAAUUUCAGCCUCGACUAAUAUUACUGCAUGGGUGUUGAGUAGAUAAACGGGAAUUUAAAUACUUAGCUGGUGAGGAGAAUCUUAGUAGUUUGAAGGCCUUUCAAGGGCUGUCCACAUUUCUUAAAAAACAGCUCAUCCUCUGACCAAAAUUAAAGCUUCAGUGGAUUUCACAAAACCCAGCAGCCAUAGCUGCAGAGCUUUGUGCGUAUCUUAUCCUUCUGUGUAUCUGGAAGCCUCUUCCUAGAACCUAGCAAUAGACUCCCAGGCCCCAGCUCCUCUCCUAUUCCCGAUCACCUUGACCUGUUGUCUCCCUUAGUCUUCCUUCCCUUUGGUCAUUGUGCCUGACAUGGGCUGGCCCCACUUCCUGCUUUUUCUUUACUUUAAAAUGAGAUGGUGAGCUAGGUAAUGCUUUGGGGGGGUCCAGUUUCAGAGGCACCUUUUCAUGUCAUUUCUCUCCUCACCUCUACUUUCCUUCUUUUCUCAUUCCCUAAAAGACAGAUCCAGCCCACCUGCUUCCCUCGAGUCUUACUAAUAGCCACCUUGACCCUACCAGGGAGAGAAGUUGCAUUUAUUUAUAACCACUCCCCGCUUUCGGUCACAUACUUUCCUCCACUCUGCAUUUUUGUUGUGAAGACAAAUCAGACUCAUAAAAAACAACUAAAAAAUGAAAGGCUGUGGGGGAGUUCAGCUACUUCUUCCUAGGCAGCCUCACGAAGUUGAAGAGGACUCAGGGUCCACUUUUGUCUCAGAUGUCUUUUCCAGGCUGCCCUGUGGCUGUUCAGUUUGAAGCACUGCCUCCUUAGGUCAGGGGGUGAAUAUUCUAAAGAUUUUCACAAGGAAUAAUGGCACCUCCAGGACUCAGGUGGCCACAUUGUAAGAAGUCCUUAAAAUGUAUAUUAUUUCCCUCCUCACAUUUUGAAGAUGUCUGAAUUGGCUGGAAAUCAUUUUUCUUGGUGCCUUACUGGUUAUUCUGUCAGAUUUUCACGUGACCACCGCCAGUGGCCAUGGCCUGUGAGUAUGUGUUGUGCGUAAUUGUGUGCAUGUGCAAGCUGAAAUAAUGUGCCGACAGCACUGUUUCAAAGUUGGUAUUCAUUAGGCUGUCCCCUCCUGGGCCAGGGCCGCACUAAUCUUGACACAGGCUGCCAGGAGAAAACCUCACGGAUCACACACGGCACCUUCAUAGCGGCAUCCGUGACCUGCACUCUCCAGUACAGAAUGGGAACCCCAGAGCUAGGAAGCGCAGUUGUAUAUUUUAAUGAACUGCUACCCCUGCUAAGAAGCUUCUUUCACUUUUGUGUGCUACAGAAAGACCAAGGGGGAAAGGAGGGAGAAAGCUUUGAAUAACUGCUUUCUAACACCGAAUGUGGCAAACGGACGGAGCACAUCACAAAUCUAGGCAGGUGUGAGGUACGGCAGCUAAGAAUGGCCUGCUCCCUCUGUGUGCCCUUUCUUGUCUCCAAAGGCCAAUCAAGUGAUCCUGGGGAAGGGAGACGCCUGGGUUGGGGAGGAUGGUUCCGCAAGAAAAAGCUGCCAAGACAUUAAAGAAGGGUGAAAGUAGGCAGGAUGUAAGUAACCAACCUGACUCAAAACUCAGAAGCUUCUAGCAGCUUGAUGACAAUGACAGGAUUUCUUUCAGCCAGGAUAAUGUGUGUCUGUGGUACAUCAUUUAUAACAAUAUUACUUCAUAUUGUUACAAACUAUGUAUAAUGUGUAUGUUUCACUGGUGUAUAUAUACAUAAUAUAUAUUAUAUAUAUGAGAUAUUUAGUGACUUUUGAUACGGGUUUGGUGCAGGUGAAUCUAUUACUGAGCCAGAUGAGGCACAUACAGAGUCAGUAGCUGGAGUCCAGGGCAUUCGAUACUUUUUAUGGUUUCAUGUAUGUACAGUGCCUAUCCCACCCAGCACAGUCACGGGCAACUCUGCCAAAACUUGCAAGCCAGCAAUAUUUUAUUUGUAGACAAUCAACUCGAAUCUAUAAAUUAUUCCUGGCAAAUGAUUAUAAUUCUGAAUCCAUAAUGCUAAUGAAACCCAGAGCAUCUUGAUAAGGUUUUAUUUUCUUUUGUUCCGUUCCUGGAAGUCAGUAGCACAACGAUCAUCUGUGGUUAUGUUGGUCUCAAGAUACUUGUCGACCUUACUAGUUCAGAGAAAUUUUAUAUGUAUUAUAUUUGUGGGAAGGUAAAAUAAUGGUUUGAGAUUUUUAUCAAAUAUGGAGAUUAGUUAUUUAUGAAAAACAAAGAAAUGUCUAUUUUUGUUUCUUUGUUCCCAAUUAAUGUAGAUAACUUUUAAAAAUGCAUUAAAGCAAUGGUAAAGAAAAUUAAAAGGUGCUGUAGAAAUUUUUUCUCCUUGUUUUUAGUGGAGAGACACUGCUUUCUAAGAUUACCUGAAGAGAUGUGGAUUCUAACUUUGUCAGAUUUCUCAGAUGUAGUUAAAUAUAAACAGCAAAUUUUUUAUUAAUAAGUUAAAUCGGGCUAAUCCCAAUCACCAGAAGCAGAACUAAUUAAAUCAUGUUUUACUUGACUAUA